AUGACAUUGGCCUUGUCCGAGUUCGCGGGCCGGGUGCUGAAGGGAUCAGGUCACCCGGAGUCACCUCCAGGCAAAGGUCCUCCACUCGAGGCUCGUCUUUCACUGGAGCGAGCAAGCGGCUCUGUACACGUAACACCAUCCGGAUCAGAGGGACCCGUCAGCAAAGACAUGGUGGGCGGCAGCAGCGGGGAAUCUAGGGGCCAUUCGAGCAACAUCACGUCUUGGGCAAGGACGCGCCCAUUGUCAGACAUUCGCGAACUUACUGAGCCAAGCCUGGCCGAUUCUAUACCAGGGAGGCUUCUUUCCGACAAGCAUCUCCCGCGAAGCGCAUCACGAAAUGAAUUGACGCGAAAACCGUCUGUUGCAUCGAGGCGGCCUAGCCUCGACACAAGACUUGCAGAGAACAGAGAGCCUGACGGAAAACCAAGCAUCGACAGCAACGGUGUUAGAUCAGCGCACCGAGGGCGAUCUGGAGAGGCUUCUAGAACACCAUCGCCGGCAGAUCUAAGCAUUUCCAGCAUAUAUAGCAUUCCACCUGGCAGCAUUCCGCCUCGAUCAUCCUCCAGGAUAAGAGCGCGUAGUGCGUCGAGAAAUCGGAUACCUCUACCAAGCUCAUCGCUGAUUCCGCUACGCGUUCCUGUACCAUCCCUCAACAACGUCCCUACAAUACCUCCACCUCCUCCUCACGGCGUCGGUAAUACCAUACCUCGACAUGGGCAUUCACAAUCACCUCUUCGCAACGUUGCAGCCCCUGUCGCACAUGACACUUGUCGACGCCCGCCGUCUAGGACAUUCAUACGUGAACCGCUUUCCGCCGAGCUCCUAGAGUAUCCCUCACACCGACAUCCGCGCGUACAUCUAGGACUAGAUCUCUCAGCAAGCCUCUUCGUUGGAGGGGGCUCGAUCGAUGGUACUGUCCAGAUCAACGUAGACGAUGCCGACCGAACACGUCAUAAAAAGACACUAGCCAUUGCACGAAUAUCCAUUGACCUAAUUGGGCUUGAGGAAAUGAGUGGAAACAGACGAUCCGUAUUUCUUAAUCUGGCUACGGAACUCAUUGAUGAGGACUACCCACCACCACAGAACAUGGUGGACAGCCAGGGACAGAUCGGACGAGAUGACCCAUUCUGGCAUUUGAUGCCCUCUAUUACCAAUCUACCAUUCUCGAUGAGCCUACCGCUCAACGUCGGUCCACCGCCUUUUCAGUCCAAAACUGCUCGAAUUCGAUACAUCCUCUGCGUCUCCCUGCUCAUUCGUGACCAAGGAAAGCAAUACAUAGUAAGGGUGUCGGACGAUGUACCGGUACUGUCCGUCUACGAUCCUGAGAAGGCUCUCAUGUCUCUCCCAAGCCCUCUCACCGCGUCCGAUGAGUGGAUGAAGCCUCGCGAUACCGCGCUUGAGAUUGUUCGGUUGACAGCUGGCUUACACCGACAAGUAUGGGUCAGCGGAACCAGCAUAUAUGUCGACGUACACGUCGCCAAUAAUAGCCGAAAGACAAUCAAGAAGAUAGAGUUGCAUUUGGAGCGAGAUAUCCUCUGUUACAAACAUGCAGCCGCGUCUACGAUGGAGAAGUCAGCAAGCCAGGCUCGUAUUUUUGACAGCAACGAAAAGUCUAUUCUCAGCAAAGCCAUCACCAAGCAAGGUGCUGCUGGGUGGCACGGAGUUCCUGCCCAUACCUCGCAUGUCCGCACAUGUGAUAUAGAGGUUCCGCGCGGACACGCCACAGUCAAGUGUGGGAAGUACUUCGAGGUUCGCUACUUCCUCAAUGUCAUAGUGGGAACAUCUCACACAAAGCUCGUGACGGUCCAGAUACCCAUCGUACUCAUUCAUAUGAAUUCUCUUGAUGUCGUACCCAACUCGGUGGCCCAGGUUGCCGCCGCCAUUGAAGAAAAGCGUACUGCACGCACCUAUCAACGUGGCCAUUCUCCAACCCGCCUGGGUCGCCGUUCGUCGCGCUCUGUUCAAGGUCGCGCUUUUGCUGCUCCACGCAUGCAGUCGCUCGAUCGAAUGCGCGCACAAGCCGAAGAAAUCCAGGACCUGGGUAAGAUCCUCGACCAAAGCCCUCGUAAAUACAGCCUUCGAAGAGUGAACUCGAAUUUUGAUUACCAUACGCCACCGAGCAAUCGAAAAGGAAAGAUACUGGCCGAAGGCGACGUGGCAGAUCUACAAAGCCGUCUCAGAAAAGUCCGAUCGAACGAGACGCUUGGCUCGAGAGCAAACAUCAUUCUGAGGGGUAAUUCGACGAGCUCAAGGAGAGGCAACCGCUCUGCGCUGGGCUUCCGCGAAGCGGAAGUGCGAGAGGACAUGGAGCUUAGAGGGCUGGGUCCUUCGGGCGAGACACCGUUCAAGCAGCGUCUGGAGCGCAGCCGUGAAAGACAGUACAGGUUUACGAAGAAACGUAGUGUGGAACGGUGGAAGGGCGUGGCAAAUGCAGGAGUUGGGUGGUUCAAAGGGAGUGCUGGGGGAAAGGAUGAGAGAGAGCGCGAUGGGUGGAUUUAA